AUGCUUCCCUAUAUCAUCAAAGCAUGGAAUCCUGACUCUAUCGCUGAUAACAUCAAGCCAUUCACCAUCAGUAGGCCUAAGGUACUUCCACAGGCAGCCUCGCUAACCGAUGAUGGGGCCCUCACUUGUCUUUACGUUGAUGCACACUGCCAGAAGGGAUUGGAAGCUUGCAAAUUCCUAACCCCGCAGGUGCUCCCUGAUGCGGCUAAGCAGCUAUGUCUGAAGUUUUACCGGUUCAUUACCAAAAACCAACCUCUUAAUCAGCAGCAACAUCAAUCCUAA